AUGCUGUCUCACGCCAGAGUCAUCUUCCGCAAGCUCCGUAGUAGGGGCAGCCGUAGCAUCCGUGGCAGCGAGCCCGCGCCAUCAGCGCCGGCCACGGCUGCAGAGAGCGAAACCGUUGAUCCAUCCCCUCGCGCCAUCCAUAUCAGCGAUGUGAGACAGUCACCCACCAACCUACCCGUGAGGCAGUCAUCCACCAACCUACCCCGCGAGCCUGGUUCCACAUCUAUGUGCAUUAUUGUUGCGAACGCCAAAGGCACCGCCGACUCCAUGGGUCUUUACAGGCUACUCCUGAGAGAGAAGGGUUACGGGGAAUACGACCCUACGGAUGACUACACCACAGAUUACUUUUGCGACGGUUACCUCUACAAUAUCAGCUUCACGUCACCCAGAGACCUGUGGUGGGGUGGCACAGCUUACCUCUGCCUCCUGCAGCAUCUCUGCCUCAUCUUCACGUACGACGCUUCAUCAAGGGAAUCGUGGGACGAAAUGGUCGCCUCCUGCGAGAGGUGGCGCAGCCGCUGCGAGGAAGACGGGGUCCUCCCCUUUUCUGCGACAAUGAUCGCCGCCAUGGGUGAAGGUGAAGGAGAACCCGCCGUGUCGCACGCAGAAGCUGAGGCGUUUGCAACCCAGCGGGACUGUCUCUUUGUCAAGGUCUCGCCCACAACUGGGCGCGGCAUUUGCGAUGCGGUUGGCUCGCUAGUUGAGCUGGCGCACGGCGCUCGUGAUCAAUAUCCUAUAGAUCAGAAGGAUCAUACCAAGAGGCUUAACAGGUUGGAGGCAUUGCUGGUAUUAUUUCCUCUCAAGGGAUUCCCAGCUCACGACUGGCAUCGUCAUGGAUGA